AUGACAAUCAAUAUAUCAGAGUGCUUCAAUGGUGUACUGAAAGGUGCACGGGACCUUCCUAUUGCAGUAAUGGUUGAAUUCACUUGGUCCAAACUUGUUGAAUAUUUCCACAACCGGCACAAAGAAAUUACUAAUGAGUUGUUGGAGGGUAAGAAAUGGAGUACAUAUGCCUUCUCCAUGUGGGACGGAAAUAGGCGUAAAUCUGAGAAACACUAUCUCAAGGCAUUUAGCAAUCAAGAUAUGAUAUAUCAGGUAGUUACUUCACUCAACACGUGUAGCACAGAAGGGGGAAACCACAAUUAUGAAGUUCGGUUAUGGGAAAGAACAUGCAGUUGUGGAAAAUGGCAAAACACGUGUUCACAUGCAAUUAGAGUAUGUGAUGCGGUAAAUAUUGAUUUGACCACAUAUAUUCACCCAUGUUAUAGUUUGGACAAUGCCCUUAACACUUACUCACAUGCAUUUGUGGUUCCUAAGUCACAGUCAUUGUGGAGGGAUCCCACGGGGCCAAAGUGGUUGCAUACAGGAAACAUUUCCAACAGCGCUAAAUGGCUUUCAAUCUGA